CUAUCCUUCAUUUUGCACCAUGUCGCUAUCUUUGAGUUUUUUCAUUGUACAUUGCAUACAGUGUAUAGUAUCAACAUUGGCACAGAAGCAUUUAUUGAGCUUUUCAUUGCACAAUGCAUACAGUGUAUAGUAUCAAAAUGUGCUCAGAAGUAGUUUAUUGAGAAUGUUGAAUACAGUUUGACAGAUAACGGAUUAUUUCGCCCUUCGCAAGAUGGCCGCUUUUACAGACUGCUUCUGGUACAUUCUUGCCAACUGUGAAGAACAGGAAGUAGCUUGGAAAACCACCGUUUCUUGACACGUCGUAUUCCGAAUGUUUUUGAGCCAGCAAUCAUGGAUCUCAGCUGAAAGUCAAGCAACUGAAAAUAAAAACAAAAACCCACUGAGCCAUGGAGAAGUUUGGGAUGAGCUUUGGGGGUGGCCCCAGCAAGAAGGAGCUUGUGGACACCAUAGAGACUCAGAGAAAGCAGUUGGUCCAGUAUCAAACACGCUUCAAGGAUGUGGUCAGGGCCUACAAGAGCCUGCUGAAGGAGAAGGAGGCUCUGGAGGCUAGUCUCAAGGUACUGACCGUCUCCCAGGAGGUCGACCUCAGCCAGCGUGGAGAUGACGGCUCUGCCAGUGGCAGCAAUAUGACCUAUGAUGAUCACUGCUCCAUGCACAGCGAGGACAGUCUGGACACAGCAGCCUCCGCCGACACUGCUAUCAGCAUUACCAGUGGGAGCACCAAGGGCGACCAGGCUGAAGAGGACCAGGGUAGUAGCCCAGGAGAGAUGGGGGCGACCGGGCCUGGAGGCCCCUCAAUGUCCCAGAGGUCUGAGGAGGCUAGUGGGUCAGAGAGCGGUAUCAGCUCCAGCAGUAGUGGAGGGUCUGAGGUUCAGCAGCACCUAACACUCCCACCCACCUCUUCUAUGGAGGCUGACCGGAGGAUCCUCCAGCUGAAGACCCAACUGACCACCCUGACCAGCUCCCUGGCCACGGUCACGCAGGAAAAGUCCAGGAUGGAGGCCAACUUCCAGGCCGACAAGCGGAAGAUCAAGCAGGACAUGGAUGCGCUCCAGGGGAGGCUGGAGGAGUCCAGGAGGCAGCAUGAAGCAGAGAUCCAUGCCCUGCAUGAGCAGCUGGCGGAGAGCAAGGCUCGGGUUAUAACCCAGCAACAUGAGAGAGAGCAGGAGCAGGGUGACCACGCCCUCAUGCUCAGAGAGCUCCAAAAAUUGCUGCAGGAGGAGAGAAGCCAGAGGCAGGAUGCUGAGCUUCGGCUGGAGGACACUAGGGAGGUCCUGCUGGAGGUCACACAGGCCGCAGAUCGAGGGCACGAUUAUGAGGCCCGGCUAAAGGAGGUGACCCAGCAGAGGGAGGAGAUGAGGAGGAGCCUUCAGACUGCGGAGGCAGAGAGGAACAAGCCAGACCCCCGGGUGGAGGAGCUUCAGCGGGAGCUGGCGACACUCAAGAACCACUUUCAGCAGCAGAUGCAGCAUGAGAUCAGAAAAGUGUCGCAGGCAGAGGAGCGUCUGCAGGGGCAAUCCCAGCUGGAGGAGGGCCGUGUGGCCAGCUUGGAGUUGCGAGUGUCUGAGCUCUCUGAGCUGCUUGGGGCCUGCGAGAAGGCCCGGCAGAGGGACCAGCAGAACGCCCACUGGCUGAGAGAGCGCAUCCUGCAGCUGGACACGGAGAACAAGACCCUGGCCAUCGCCGCUUCCACCCGCGGUUCCCCCCUGGACCUCAGCAUGGACGAGGCCAACCUGGACGUGAACGUGCUGAAGGAGCGCCUGGAGAAGGUGAAGAGACUUCUUCUGCUAGCCACACAGAGGAAAAACCCAGAGCAGACCAUGGAGAUAGAGAAGAUGGCUGAGAUGGAGGGGCGGCUGGGUCAGGGGACGGGCAGUUGGGGGGAGUCGUCAGACGGGGAGAAGGCCUCUGCGCUGUACUACCAGCAGGAACUGCGGCAGCUGAAGGAGGAGUUUGAGCGCUACAAGGUGCGGGCGCAGGUGGUGCUGAAGAACAAGAACGCUAAAGACUGUAGCCUCGCCAAAGAGCUGGAGGAGGCCCGUGACCAGCUGGCUGAGCUCAAGGAGAAGUACAUCAACCUGCGUAUCCAUGGCGACGAGGCGGAGGCCAAGCACCGCCGGGAGCUGGAGGAGUGUCAGCAGGGGAAAGGGAUGCUGCAGCAGAGUCAUAAACAGGAGCUUGACCGGGCUGAGGCCCAAUACAGAGAGAGCCUCCUCAGGCUGGAGGGGGAACUGCACCGGCAGAGGGACCGCACCAUGGCCCUACUGCAAGAGAAGGACCAGGAGUUGGAGAAGCUGAAGUCUAUCGGCUACAGUCUCGCUGGUUACAGAAGCCACCACAGCGACGAAGGAGAAACGGAGGCGGACUUCAGAGAGAGUGACAUCAUCACCCAUGCAUUGCGGCUGGCAGGGCCCAACGAGCCCACGCUCCUCCUGUACGUCGAGCAGCUGGCAAGAAAGGAGGUGGAGAUCGGCUCGCUGCGGCGGCAGAAGCACCGGCUCGAGGAGGACGUGCACCAGCUGCAGGGGAGGCUGAUCGCAAACGGGGAGCGCUACGACGAGGAGGUGGCUGAGCUCCGCGGCAGGCUGGACAAACGGCACAGGGACCAGGGCAGGGAGGGGGCCAACCUGGAGUACCUCAAGAACGUAAUCUACAAGUUCCUCACCCUUCAGGACACCAGGGGGCGUCAGCAGACCCUCACAGCCAUACUGACCAUCCUGCACUUCAGCCCUCAGGAGAAGCAGGCGGUGGUCAAACAGCACCAGAACCAGGCGUGGUGGACGGCAGGGAUGAGGUUCUCCAGCACCCCUUCCUUCACUGGGAGCUGCUGCUUUCCAGCCUUCAUCUGGAUUGGGGGACAGACAGACUAUAGUACGCAAUGCUUCAGGACCAGGUCCACGAUCUCCACCUCUGACUUGCCUUUGGUCCAACCCAGCAGGUCCUGGGUGAGUAGAUCAUUAACAGAAGUCAAACGAACCAACUCUUAUGGGUAGGGAAAGGACUCCUAACUGAAUUAAAGUCAGUAGAGUCGUGUGGUUGAGUUUAUUGGUCACAUGAUGCUCUGUAAGUCGAGUUAAACUAAUGUCUUUAGGUGUGAGUGAACAAGGCUGUGGGGAUAAACUCACAGCAUCACAGACAACCUCUAGGUGGAGACAUUCUGGUUUCUGGGCCAUCUCCGUGUCGCAGGCGAUACCAGCCAUCGAAGUUGGGGGACCUGAAGAAUUUCCUACUAGGCCAUACAUCAAAGUGCAAUGCAUUAUGGAUGAUUUGUUUUAAAAAUAUGUGCCACAACUAGAUACAAUAGUUAGAAAUGACAGAUGAGGUGGCAGGUGGACAGACUCACCCAAUCCCCUUUGUGCACAGAGGUGAGCCGAGGUCCAGCAUGCUCCAGAGUCCCCAUGAACUCCUCCUGACUGAAGGAAACGGAUCUGAGGGGUCUGAAACACACACGUAUUACCGUAUUCAAACAGUAUCAACAUACCAUAGAAACAGGUUUGCUAUCAAUGUCACCCACCUUCCAAGGAGUCACAGACCUCUAGCAGAGGCAUCAGGCUGGCCAGGUAGUGUUCCUGGGGGAGACAGGUGAGACACACAGCAUGCAGCAGGACAGACAGUCUAUACAGGGGUGGGAUGGAUGUGUGGUAGGGAAGGCAGUCCCCUCAACAGUGGGAUGAUGAAGCUCUGGGUGAGUUCUAACAGAUGUCUCCUCAAGAUGGCACUCUGCACCUCUUCCUCUGGAUCCCUUUAAGGAGUCUUUUGAUGAGACUUGUCUUUUUGAAGGAAUGUUUUAUGUGCCGUGUAGAUACCUACAGGUUGGGAGAACAUGUUUUUACACACCAACUCACCCUCUCAAACCAUGUUGGUUCCAUAACUCCAGAUGUUUUACCUGACUUAGUGUCCAGUGUUUUCAGCUUGGCUAGUUUCUUCACCUUCACAGGCAGGUCACCUGACAUCUUGAGUUCUCCAAGGCGUAUAAUAUGGGGCCAGGACUGGAAGGUCUUUAUGAAGAAGGGAUUAGUGACCCCAGAAUAACAUAGGGACUGGAGAGGCAAGAGAAAGGGAGCAGGGGCCAGCACAGUUUACGAGGAGACAGUAGGAGAGGGUGCCAUGAUGACCACGGGCUCCCCGAUCAGCAUGAGCUCCCAGAGGAUCUGCAGGUGGAUCAGGAAGGACUGGAAACACCUGGACAGGUCAGAGGGCAAAGACCCUUGACACGA